GCAGCCUGGACCCGAACGUCUUUUUCAAAAUGGCAGAAAGAAGGGACAACAAAGGUGCUUGCGGUUUCUUUUACUAUGACUGGGCUCAGUCACGAUACAGGUGGUCGUCUGAAAAUCAUCUGACUAACUUUAAAGUCGGAAAAUCUGUGUGUUCCCCAUCUGAAGCCAAGGUAGGUGGUAAUCAUAAAAAAGUGAUCCUUUGGAAAUUCUAUAUUGCAGAUAUUGAAGGGCGGGAAGAACAAAUGUUAAACUGACGUCCGUUUCUGUCCUUGAACAGUUUUCCAGAAUUAUCGAAAUAGUAUUGGAGUAGAUUUAAGUUCAGGACUAUAUAACAAAUGUCUAACUGUUUUUAAACACUUGGGAUGGCUGGGGUCUUCAUUGGCUAGAUAUCGAAAAGCAACCCUUGGCUUCGAACUAAGAUUAAGGCAUUUGCAUAAAUCUGCUCACGCCUAAACAAAAGUGCUCAAUAGAACGGAUACAUAUGCACAUAUUUGAAUUCAAGGCUUUUGAUUUUAUAUUUUAUCACUUUGCAGUGAAACUGCUUGCCUCCCCUUUAGUUUUUAAUGUCUUAUCCAUUAGGUCUAAUUUUUUGGAUCAAACUUUAAUAUAAAUUGUAGGGUGUUAUUUGGGAUUUCUUAAGGCUGAAUCCAUGAGCAAGACGAAGCCAAUCUUGUGUUCUGGGCAGAGUUUUUCAAAGCUGGGUUAACAUAACCCAGGGUUAGUGUGAGAUUUGAAUAGACCCUGUCACGGUUUUUGACACCAUCUUGACGAGUAGGCAAACGUGUGAGAAAUUACAUUGUUUGUAUGAGAAUCUAAUGUCAAAUAAUAUCUGUAAAACGACUGUUCUGAAAAAAAAAAAGGAUUUUAAACUAAAGCUUCACUCCUAAGGAUUCUACUGGAAAAAAUUGAGGGCGUUACUUGAUUGUGCUAGAAGACCUAGAACCACUUUUUUAAAUUUUCUAUAUAUUAUUUGUCUGUGAGAAAGUUCCGAGAAAAAUUACAGACAAAUAUAUGGAAAAUCUAGAGCAAGCCGCUGGAGAAAUUUAAGCACAGGUACGCCCCCCAAAUUUUUUAGUACAAUCCUUUGCUUUGUAGCUUUUGUUUACAAUUCAUAUUUUUUCAGAACAGCCGUUUUAUGGAAAUUAUUGGACAUUAGAUUCUCAUAAAAACACUUAAUUUCUCACACAUUUGCCUACUCGUCAAGGUGGCAUCAAAAACUGUGACAAGGUCUUUUCAGAUUUGAAAGCUUGGAAAGCAUUUCAGUGUUAAUUCUUUUUGUCUACAAGUUGAUGAUUGGAAGCUCUAAAAAUAACAGAGAAAAUUAUCCAAGAAAAUGCUUUUGAACACAAGAAAAAGAAACCUGGGUUAAAUUUAACCCCUGGGUAAGCACUAAUCGCCCUUCGAACAACAGUAAACUGGGCCCUGAUCUGAUUGGCUAUAUGAACAAGCAAGAUGGGUCAGUGACUUAGGAUGGCCUGCUGUACAGGUCCCACAAUGCAUUAUUGAUCAAGGUUGUUUGGUCAAAAUGUACAGGCUAUACAAUAAUACUAGGGUAAACAUGAUUGGGAAAACAGGAUAUACAGGGGCAUACAUGGUAUACAAUAAUACUAGACUAAACAAGGGUAAACAGUAACAGUAGAUCUUUAUUAUGCCUUACUCCUUAAGAAGGUAUCAGUCUGUUUACAGUAUAUAAAGUAAUAACGGCGAAGGGUAUACAGUAAUACUACGGCGUACCUUUAUUAUUUGUGAAUUAUCUGUUUGCUUAUAAGAGUGAGGCCAGCCUGGAUGAUCAUAAUUUGUCCAAAGUUGUGAAUAAAACACCGGCUGAAUGGUAGGUUGGAUAAAGAACAGUGAAAUGUGUGUUAAGUGAGUGACGAUAGAGUCCUGCCUCAUUAGUAUUUUGCUUUACAGAGUUGUUGGCUAUUUUACAGAUAAAGAAAAAGAGGCGUAAAAGUCAGAGGCCCACCAUGAAGGGAAUCAAUUUAAGAUUGUUUGUCAUCAGUGGAUCAGUAGAAUCAAUUUUUGCAAACAGAGUCUAUUUUUGUCUCUCUCCCUCCCUUCUUUGUAGUUUGGGACCAGGCUCCUUAGUGGGCUAAGAGGGCAAAUUAUGGGAUGAACACUCAGCUCACUUCAUUUGCUGAUUUUUUUUCUCUGUUUCCUUUUUUGCCUCCCUCUUAUUUGUCUUUUUCUCACCAAGUACAGUCAACUCUCGCCUUGUGGACACCCCGCUAUAACGGACACCCCGAUAAUACAGACAGCAGCUAAAUCCCCAGCAAAAACAACACUCACAAAUGAGGACACUAACUCGAGGUCUCCACAGUGUCCACUAUAAAGGGAGUUGACUGUAGCCUAUUAAAUCCCAGGCUAGCAUACACUGUUGUGUAUGUGCAGUGUAAUAAAUUAAUUUUUGUACUUUAACUACAAAUUUCCCAAUAUUUCCCACUUUCAAUGUCUUUUUUCAACAAUGAUGUUGGAGUACUUGGCGUGUGGUGAUUUUACCUUCCAGCCAGCUGUCUCAGUAGCUUAGGACUUUCAACUCUUUCUUAUAGGAAAGACCCCAUUAUUGGCAACAUGAAAAAUCCAUUGCAGGACAAAGAUGUCAACCAGAUUCUUCAAUGCAACAAGGUCAGAUUCUUUAUAGAAGCAGAUUUUGCAUGACAAUUUAAGCCAUGAAAAGUGCUUUGCACGGGCCACUCGUUGAGGGUUUUGGUAGCCAAAAUUUCAAAACUACAGUGUACUUGUAGUCACCAUGAGGCAAGUAAAAGUUGUUUUCCAGUUAGAGAAACUGGAUAUACAUCUGCAUUUGCAGGGUACCAGCAUGGACUUUAUCACCUGCUCUUUUAAAAUACUAGUGUGGGUUCUUUUACAUUGACUUUAAGUGGAUCAGAUCCAACCAGCAACACUUUAAUCAUCUGAACUGAGACAAGGUCUAAAAUCAUGGCAGGUUUGUCAUUAGUAGCUAGUAGCCAAUAGCCAGGUUUUUUAGCAGGCUGCUGCAGUAAAAUCAACCGGCUACUUAAGGUUUCUAAACAAGUCAAACAUUACAAAUAUAGGAGAAUUUGUGGGAUAAAUGGCUGUGCCAAAUUGUUUAAGACCACUGAUGAUGAUCUGUCUGGGGUUUAAACCUGUGACCUCCUGCUCAGCAAAUUAGUUUUUCGCCCAUUCAGCUGACUAGGUGUCAAACUAUGAGUAAGUGAGGAAAAAGUAAUUAUACGCUGAUAUUUUCUUCAUAAUCUAAUAUCAACUAAUUAUUCCUUUUAGUUUCCCUUCAGAAGACAUUCACAAGAAGAUUUACUUGCUCAAGUUAUCAUUUCAAAGAAAGGUGAAGGACAAACUUUGUAAUUAAAGUUACCAGGAUGCACUGUUGAACAGUUGGGUGUUGAAUGCAGGUUCUUUUUUUUGUAUUGUUUUGUUGAGCUUGUUUUAAAUUCAGGGGUGUGUGUGUGUGGGGGGGGGGAGUCAAUGUUUUAUACAUUGAAAUGUGUCCCCUGUUGGCUGCUUGUGAAAGGUAUUAUGCUUUUAACAAACUGAUUUACAUUUUCCUUAGAGUGGAUUUAUGCUGUGGUGAUUGAAAGUAAAUUAUUUAGUUGCUGCAGGACACUAGUACACGUAUUUAAUAUUCCAUCUAAAUUAAUGCAACUGAGGUGCGCUUGGAGAAAAACAUCCACUUUGAAAUUUAAACCUUGAUUGGAUGCUGUGUUGGCAUUAACUAAGACAAGAAUAAUGGUAAUAAAAAAUCAGGAAAGUCACUUAAACAGUUAUUUACAUUUAACUAUACAUGUCAGGAUGCUAUUACUUCUUUGUCACUAAUAUAUUGUCAGAAAAAAAAAAUAAAGGUUGCAUGAUCUACUGAACGUGCAGUGUUUGCUUUGAUUAUUUUUGACCCUUGUGUAUAAUAUAAGUUUUAACUUUCACUAAAUAAGGCUGUUAAUUCAAUUUGGGAAAGCAUCAAAAGAGUGUUUCACAUUUAUCAUUUGACAUCAUUAGGUAUGUAUUACUACUUGUGAUAACAAUUGAAUAGCAUGUCAUAAAACAUUAUUUAUUAAUUUUUAGCUGUCUCUUCAUUUUCUUUAGGACCUACUGUUGUUAAAAGUCAAAGUCUCUGCUCCUUGCAACCCAAAAAUGAGGCUCAAGAGGUACAAAUGUAGGAAUUGAAUUAGUGGUAAUAGAUAAUAAAUUGCACUUCAGAUGAAUGGGUUAACAGUACUAACUCCAAUUUAGAAUGUGAAUGACUAUUUCGGUGAAAUUAGACAUCUAUGUGUCUGCUGUUCAAUACAUACUCCUCAACCUGACCAUUGAUUUGAUUAACUCAUUGGGUAGCCUGCACAUACGUACACCAUACAUGCAGGCUAUACCACAGGGAACUAUUUCCCCUGGUCAUGCUUUUCAAACUGCAGUAUGGGUUUUUUACUUCCCCUUUCAGCAACACAAGGAGACAGGACCAAUAGCUUUAUAGUGUCAUUCCAUAGUGAUGCAAGAUUUAUCCUAAAGGGCAGCUUCAUUAAAGCCAACAUAAACUCAUCAGUUUUUCUUAUCUAAUGAAUUCUCUCCUACCCGUCCCUACAGAGCGAGAGAGAGAGACAGGUAGGAGAGAGAACCUGGGAGCAAGGUUGAUGAAUGACAUUGGUUUAUAAUAAUUAUAUUAUACAUUUGUAAUGUCUAGGACUCAAACCCACAUCCUACAAAGCUAUGAUACUACUACCAGUAAUGAGAUCCAGUUAAACCCUCAUUUUGUAUUGUUUUUGUAUUGCUUACCGCCAUGUAUGUUUUCUGAAAAGUAAAAACAGAGAAGUUAGUUACAUGCUGUAUGUCACCUCUGGAUGUACACUUUAAACAAAAUAUUCUCCUUAAAUAAUCCAUAUGCCUCCAGCAAAUCAUCACAACUUUUGUAGCAAGUCUUUUUAUGCUCAUAAUGCUGGGUAGCCUUAAUUAACUUAUGCUGCCUGCUCAAUUUGAGCAGGCAUUUAUCUGACUGAGCAACAUUGGAAAACCACAUGUCCAGCAGUCCUUUUUGGGGACGAGCACAAGCUCUUUUCUGAACAGCCACGGGUAAUUGAAUCUAUACAUAAGGAGAAGUGAAUGUUACAUUUCCUCUCUCUUUCUCUCUCUCUUUCACAUAAAAUGAAGAUUACUAAAGGUCAUGGAACAAUGAUUAGUGUUCUACAAACAAGGUUGCUCAGAUUACGAGCUGCACAAACACUCUGGCAUAAGGUAUGUUUUUCUUAAAUGGUCGCUAACUAAUACCAGGCAACACUCUGAUGUGAAAGUGUUCAAGAUUUUGCAGUUUUGUCAAUGAUUACUUGGCACAAAAAAGAUUUGGAUGGUUUUUAAUUGACUUCAGACAAAAAUGAUGUCUGUAAUUAAAACUGCCUGAAAUGUUAAAUUCAAAGUAUCCCAGUAUUUAUCUUUUUUCAUCCAAGCCCAGCCGGAAUAAAUUGGUGUUCUUUUCUCAUCUGUGUAGUGUAAGUGUAUCUCUAAAACCUUGAGGACUGCACAGCAAACUAUCACAAUUUUCACAAAUAUUGUUUUAAUGCAAGUCAUGUUUUGUAGGCAUACAUUUUUUGGAAGUAGUACACGGUAGCAGUGCUAAAAAUUUUUGUCCAGAAUUUGUCCAGAAUUGUUCUAAGUUCUUUCACAAGUAAUGAACAGCAGCUACAAUAUCCUUCUUUAUAUGAACAGUUACAUUACUGUUGUUUGUUCGCAGGAUACAAAUGCCUUAAUCGAGUAUCUCCUACGGUAAGCAAUAAUCUUUUUAAUUCUUUGAUAUUAGAUUUCUGGGAAACUGCCUACCUACCCCUCCCCUAAGCUAACAUUAACACUUAAUUCUCACUUUGGGCAAAAUGAUGGGUUAGGGGAGGGGUUGGUGGGCAGUUUCUCAGAAACCUAAAUUGAUCCAUUGUUUCUAUAUAGUUCACCAGUAAUAAUAAUGAUAAUAAUCGUCAUUAUCACUUUUUGCUCUUGGCGCUGUACAAUGAAAAGUAUAUACAAAAGUAUAAAAGUAUAUGUAAGUAUAAACAAUCAAAAGUUUAAAGGUUAAAAUGUAAAGAAAAAUAAAAUAAUUACAAGUCAAAAUCCAUUUUAAAAAGGUACCGUAGGUUUAUAAACGAUUCUUAAUGUCAAUUACUCACUCUUAAAUCUAACGAGAGAGUAUUCCAUAGUUUUGGGGCAGGUACAGCAAAAGCCAAUCCCCAUAUGUUUUCAGGCGAGCUGAAAAGUCUCUGUGAUGAUGACCGCAACUUGCGUGAUUUUGUCUUACACUAAAAGCAGGUCUGAGAUGUUAUCAGGUGGUGCGCCAUUAAGGGAUUUAAAAACUAGCAGAAGAAUUUAAAACAUUGAUCGAAAACGCGAAAACGACACCAAGAUUACGAGGUGGAGGUGUCUGAACCACAGGGAGCCCACACAAUCUGUUUGUGUAGCCGAUUGUUAUUUUAUAGUAAAUGUACUGGAUUUACCGUUUGCUUCACCUAUAGCGAUAUAUCGCUAACUAUGUAUAUAAAUCAAUGAUAAAUAAACGUUGAAUUACUUUACCUGUGGUAUAUAGUCGUCGUUUUACCUCAAAAGCGGUUUUUUGAGCGAUUUUGAAGGAGUUUGAUUUCGCCGUUGACUGUUCCUUAUAAUAGAAGGACAAGGGUGGAAUCCAUGUUUUGAAAGGGCUCCAGUGCCGGAGCGUUUGUUUUUCCCAAAAUGGCAUUGCUCCGCUUUCAAACUCCGCAGCAAAAAGGUAGAAGGAUUCACGUUUCUCCUCGUACCUUUCGAUCGAAAAUCCAUCCAAACAGCCCGGAGCUAGCCGUCGAAGAAAAUUAAAAUCCCACAGUAUUUGAGCGGCUGGAAUGCGUAGCAAGAUUCGUACGUGCCGGCCAUAAACCGUCCCGCUGAUUGCUUUUUUUAUGGGCCUCACUAUUUCAUGUCUCCUUGGACGGUGUCCAUAUUAAUUGGUUUCCACUGUACCCGCCAAACUGGUACUAGAAUGAAGUGCCUGGUGUAAAGUGGCACAAUUAAUUUGUGCUCGUUCUUCUCUGCAAGAGGUCCUGAGUUUGAGUUCCAGAUGUGACCUCAAAGCAUCAGUAUGACAUCUUUUUUGUUUUUCGUAAAACGGAGGACUAGUGGAGAGAGGGGGUAAAAUAAACGCACUUUCAGCCUUAGCUGUGUUCGUCAGGUGACGAAUAUUUCGAGCCACCAAAGUAUAAUAAGGACGCGAUACCUCUAACUUUUCUGUUGGUAAAGGGUCAAACUUAGCCUUUUACCCUGAAGGUGAGAAGCUGGCUUAUGUCUGGUUUACACCCUGUACUGAAAGGAUCCCUGCACAGUCUGUCGCUCAGGUUGCUGACAAGAAACCGAAUGUUUUAUGUUUACCCAGGUUAAAAGAUGAGUCUGUUUUGGUUGAUGUCAUGCCAUUUCUAACUAUCAGGUAUCAGUACCAUUUUAAUGUAAAUGAAUAAUAGAAGACUUCUAUCUAUGAUCCUCAUGGAUUGCAGCACUGUUUCACACAUUAUCCUACUUUUGCAGAUUUACUUACAAAACGUUUGCUAAAACCACACUAAAGUAAGAUUUUAGUCAUGCCCCAUGACAAAGCUGAAACCUAAAAGUGAUGGAUUUUUCAUUUAUGGGGUGUUAAACUGCUUAUUCACAAGUAAAACUCAAUUAUUCUUUUACAGUAAAUUAUCAAACAUGUCCUCAUCGUAAGUUUGCAUGUAAGCGAAGGAAAGAGAUUUAAACUGAAUGAGGAAAUUUUAAUUUCUAUUAGAGAAAUUUUAUUAGGCUGAAGUCUUUUGUUUUUUUCGUUUUAACUAUGUUAGUCAGAUUCCUGGUCGUUUUUGUUCAUAGUACUGAGUAGGGUUCUGCACGUUAUUAAACUUGACACUUUGCUUGCAGAGUUCGUGAAGUGUCCCCUGAAGGGCACGCCUUGUCCAUGGGAGCCUGCUUGGAAAUGUUACCAGCGCUGGAAAAACUUCUCACUUCUAAAUUCGAGGAGUAAGUUACACUAUAGACCAACAAUAAAAUUUGAUAACUGUAUUGUGGAUAGAGUUGUUGUUUUUUCUAAGUCCUUGAUACACAAAAAUUUGGUUUUACCAGCUGGGUUAAUUUACUGGAUUUUAAAGAGUGUUAUAAACGCCCUACAAACGUUGUCUUUUGGAAUAAACUAAUUUACCAAUAUUUUUCUUAUAUGGACACAAAAAGAUAGAAAGGAUUGUCUACAACUGGCAUUAGUAGAGGUUGCCGAGAUUCAGCGUUAAAUAAUGCUCGUUAUGACAGCUUUUCAUGUACACCAAACACUGGGAAAGUCUCACCGGGGGAAGUUUCUGUUACUGCUGAAUUCUUGGAGGGUAUUUUGCUCGACAACGAUUAUUCAAGUCAUUAAGAGACGUGUCCUACCCCUUAGCACUCUUGAGAGAAAGUAUGGGUUGUAGUAAUACUAUGUGUCACGGUUUUCCCGAGCUGUAUACUGUCCUUGCCCCGGUUGUUCAAAAGACGGAGUAUAAGUUGUUACGUUAUCUUAAAGCUUUUGCAAUACUGUAACUACAUAUAGUCAUGCAAAUAAAGCUUAUGUUGUUGUUGUUAUACCGCUCAAAAUCGAAUCGAGUUUCAAUUUUCGAGUCGAGAAAUAUUUUAAGAACUUGUCGUGAGAGCGCACUCUUUAAAAGUGUACACUUACCUUUCAUUCUAAAAAUUACUGCUCCCUGAUUGGGUGAUAGACUCGUUCGCUAUCGUAUAAACGAGGCUUGCUUUUUGGAGGCGAAAACGUUCACGUAUUUUUUCCUGUUAAUAGUCCUUUUGAAACUUGCUUGAAAAUAAAUGAAACUAGAAGUGAAGGCAUAAGUGAUAUACAUGUAAUUGCGGUGAAAAUUGCGCCUCCAUUUGAAAGUGAACAAUAACGAAACAACUUGUGGAAGAAACGACCGACAUAAAUAAACAAUACAGCAACCCCUCAUUAAUGAGGUCAUUAAUUUACCGUGCAAUGUAAGGCUGUAAUUCUUUUUUACUUCCAUCGUUCGCAUGUCAGAUUAGCGGAGAAAAAUGAGCCUCCGUUUGAAAGUAAGCAAUAACGAAACAACUCGUAGAAGAAAUGACCGAUAUAAAUAAACAAUACAGUAACCCCUCAAAAAGAGGAUUAUUAGCUAGCGUGGUAAAAAAAAGUUUAGUUACAGUUGUUACUGUAACUAAACUAAAAAGUAGUUAAGGCAAGGUUUGUCGGAAACAUUGGUGCUAUCAAGGGAGCUUUGUCACCAAAUUUAUCAAAUUCAAACCGUGGGGACUGCCAACAAAUUAAGUGAAGCAUAAAAAUAACCGCUCAAUACAUUAAAAGAAGGUAUAAAUAACACUCAAUUCUAAAUCAGGCGCGGAUGGACAAACUUGAAGAAGAUUCAGAUCUACCAAAUUGUUUGAAUGCGGGCUCUCCUAGAAUGUUUGCCGACGACACUAAUGUUACCUUUUCUGCAGCUACUAUACCUGAUCUUGAAUCCCAAAUCAAUAGUGACCUGAAAGAUAUUGAUUGCUGGCGUUUAUGGUUUUCUGAUCAGUACUCCCACACGGCAAAUAUGUAAAACAGUUUUGAGAAUUCAAAUUAAUUUUCUAUGUCUGACUGAUGUUUUUAACCGUGUACAAAUCAAGUUAUCGUUCAUUCAAACUGAUUGCAAUUGUGGUUUUUGAAAACUUGUUAGCUUGACAGUUUUUCAAAGAUUGUUUUUGAUUGUUUGAAACGUUUGAUAUGGUUUGAUGUACAGUGGAACGUCGAUAUAACGAGCCUCUGUGUAGCGAACUCGCGGUAUAACAUACAAUUUUCUUUACCCCAGUAAUUUAAGUAUACGAAAAAAAACUCGUCAUAGAGAACAAACUUUGCCAGUCCCUUGGCCCGUCGUUAUAUCGAGGUUCCACUGUAAUGGUUGGUAGACAUAUUUGACACGAAGAUGUGGAUUUGUCAUUUACAAGUGAAUUCGUAAGUUCCGUAGCGAGCAAGGAUGCGUAGUUGGCAUUCUUAACAAAAUGAACACACAGCCGGCUGUGAUGCAGCCCCUUUAAAUUGACUAACGAAGAUUGUAUUCCUUGGUUACAGUUACAUUAUUGCUGCCCUGAACAUGAUCAGGGAAAUGAUAAAACGGUGGUGGAUGCAGCUUAAAGUUGUCACAAACAAGAAAGUUUCACCCGAGUGGCAGCGAUGUAGCAGGUACGUUAUCAACAGGAUCCACGUGAGGGGGUCGUGUUGUUAAUUUCAUGACUGGGGUCUGCGUCGUUGUGUGACUCGUCUCUAUUUUUCAUUUCUUACGUUUACCUUCCUCUUCACGUAGGUGACCAGUUAGAGAACCUUGCUGUAAUCACUGUGAAAAAUGUUUCUUAUGUUUUUGUAACACGAUGCUGGAGGACAGACAACCCGGCAUAGUAAAUCGAACCCAAUCGAACUAAAUUUCAAUCGAACUCAAUCGAACGAAAUCGAACUCACCGAAAAGAAAAAAAAUCAAUCGAACCCAAUCGAACGUUCGAUUUUCGAACUCGUGAUUUAUGUAAAACAGACGUUGAAAAUCCAGUACCAGAUCUUAGAAGCUCGAGUUACUUCAGCCCUGAGUGUAGCGCACGUGUUUUUCGUAAACGAAGAAAUUCCGCAGAAAUGGCUUCAGAUGCGUUGUGGAUCGUAAGCUUCAAAUGUAAAGUCAAAGGCAAUAAAAGGGGGUGGUAGGCCUACACGACUUUUACCUCAUGCCAAAAUGCUGCUUAUUCCAAUAAAGUUGUUUUUAUCUGCUGGGUAGAUUAUGCUCUGGAAGGUUCUGCAUUUUACUGAGCAACUGUGGUUUUAGCCUCAUGUUUCACACUAAGAGGGCAUGACAUAUAUAUCGAUUGACUGUAGUUAUUGUUUUCUGGUCGGCAGGAUUUGCACUCUGAUGCAAGCGCAUUUUCUUUGACCUCUUUUGAAGAGUAAAGCUUUUUUAUUACGGCUGAAUAAGGGUUCCAGUUUUCUCCAAAGUGUCUUCUGGAUCUGAUCUAAGCGAUUUUCUUUAGUCCGUGAGUGUAAUUUUUUUCUGCAAUGCUGUAUCACGCUGGGCCCAGCUCGUCAGUUUUCUUUUCACUGAAAGUGUGGUGUUCCCCCGCAGUCAUCUCUUUGAAAAGUGCCAGUAAUAUUAGAAUAAGAAAUUAAACUACUCAUAAGGAAACGAAACCACAGCUACCUUUGUCGCGACUGCUCAUAUUCAAACUUAUGCUUAUGUUAACGUUAUAAUCACAGAAAGAGCGCAGCUGGGGCCUACGUUUUGACUCUGAGUACAAUCAAUGAAAGGAGAGUCAUCCUAUAAUCCCUCGAACGAAAUCCAUUUAAUUGUGUUCGAUUGAGUUCGGUUUCCGAACUCAAUCGAACACAAUCAGACGGAUUGAGUUCGAUUGAGUUCGAUUUGUUCGAUUGAAUUCGAUUUGUUCGGAAAUCGAACUCACUGAAAGUGUGGUGUUCGAUUUCGUUCGAUUGCCGAACUCAAUCGAACUCAAUCCACAGAUUGAGUUCGAUUGAGUUCGAUUGAGUUCGAUUUUCGAACGUUCGAUUUACUAUGCCGGGAGACAAGGAGCAGUAUAUAAGAUCCUAGGGGAUAAGAUCGAAUACUGCAACUGCCUGGCCACGUGCAUUGAUGAGACCGGCAGAAACAGACGAAACAGACAGAAGCACGCGACUGACUGACCACAAACAAGCGACAGGAAAUGGUAACGUCAACAAUUACAUUGCUGAAUACUAUUUAUGGACGAAACAUCAAAUCGACUUGGACUCUGCGACAUGUAUUACGUAUUCUACAGAUUGUUAUCAACGACUUACUUUAGAAAGCUGGUUACUAAAUUAGAACAAACGCCACUGAAUCAUAGUCAUAAGUCACCGGCACCGUACAAAAGACUUAUUGACGGAAUCACGCAAAACUAACUACUAGAGAAUGACUGGACAACCGACAAUUUGACUAACAAUCAACGACUGUUAAACUUCGACAAUAGACGGAUCGAAAUCCACCAGUGACAUUUUGGGUGUGUUCCUUUCGGCGAAUCCAAAAACGGAUUUUGGAUCCUAGAUUUGCCAGAUUUCGCGGUCGAAAGGAACGUGAAAUCCGAAAUUGGAUUUGUAACCUUGGUAACCUUUCGCCAACGCGUGCAAUAUGCACGACAGCCUCUCAAGAAAUGACGUGUUUUCUACUGUUUGACAAAUUAUGCGAUUAUACCGUGCAGAAUAUAGUGGUCGGCAGUUCGAAUAGCGACGAUGGAACAUAUAAAACAGACAAAGAAAGAAGCGCAUUAAAAUUGAAAAUUAUCUAAAGAAUGUCGGCCAGUUUGAUCCAGUUCCAUAGCUCGAAUAUUUUUAUGUAACACGAUCGAGUGCCUGUCGCGUCUACAAGCGAGUUUGUAGUUAGAGAGCAGUUCAUUUGUUACUUGUACUUAUUUCGUAUUUCAAGCAAUUUUUAGAGACAAAUGGUUAGUAUAUGGAUAUUUUAACGUACCAGGAACAAUCUUCUAGUGUUUUCAGAUGUUUUGCGACAAAUGACAGCAACGAGGAAACUCUACGGCCUCUAUGGGAAUACUUCAACUGGAAAUACCGCUGGAUCAUCCGACUAAUUUCGGAUCCACUGUGAAUGGAACAGCGUAGAUCACUAAUCCGUUAAUCUGGAUUUGGAUUCUUCGGAUUUCAAAUCCAAUGAAUCCUUUUUCAAAAAGGAUUCACCAGAUCAAAAAUCCGGAUUUGGAUUUGCCGAAAGGAACACGAAAUCCGUUCUUAGAUCUAAAAUCCGUUUUUGGAUUCACCGAAAGGAACACACCCUUUGAGUCUUUAUAGCCAAUAACAUCACGGCUUAAAUGACAGACGACCAAUGACAUCGCGACUUAAUUUACCAUGAUCAGGUCAAUUACCAGAGUUAAAAUACCAUCAACUGACGUGAUACAACUCACUCUGACUCUGAAGGUGAUUACCGCACAGGUUGUCAAAACGUCAGUCACUGUCAACAACAGUCUAAUUUAGGAACACGUUCACCCGCCGGGCGAUCAUGCGCAACCUACUUAUGAAAUGAUUUCUGGGUUCAAACCUUUCACACUAUAGUCGUUUUCUGUUGUUCUUUUAUAGGAGUGUCAAUGGCCUAUACAUGGCAAUACUUUCUCUUUCUGCAAUUAUUGUCAAAUUGUCAAAAAGAAAAGGAAGAGUUGGCGAGAAAGCUAUUGUAAGUUAUAUUUAA